GACUUCCAGCGCCGCCUCGCUGGCAAUGCUGCACGGGCAUCGGGCUCAGUUGGUGUUCCGGUUUCGGGUUGUGCUGUCAGUUGCCUUUUUGCACAGCGGCUGAGCGAUUGAGCGAUUGAACGAUUGAACGGUUGAACGGUUGGACGGCUGAGCGCUGGAGCGGUUGAGAGUGUGCCAUCGGAGCCGGAGAGUCCUAACGCGCUGCCCGUGGUCUGUGUCCGCAUCCGUAUCCGUAUCUCGUAUCUCCGUGCGUCUCUCUCCGGGUGUGUGCGUGUGUUUAAGUGUGUGCCUGUUGUCUGUCGCUAACGGUGCGCGCGCGUCUGUUUGUGUGAGUGUGUGACUCUGUGCGUGCCCCUGCCAGUGUGUGUGUGUGUGCGUGUGUGUGUGUGCACAACAAUACUAUAUAUCUUAUAUACUAAUACCAGUGUGUGCCCACACUCGCACACGGCCUGCAAAUAAAAUAUUAGAAACAGAUAUAUACAACAAUUCCAGCAGCCGUCGACACGCAUGACACAUGCAAUGGAUGCCAGAACUAAUAGUGGAUAUCGGAAUAAACAAAUAUAAAGCCACAUACUCGUACAUACAAAUUUAUAAGCUAAGCAAUAUUUAAUUCGGUUGAGUGAAAUUCGCAAGAAAUAAAUCAAUUUUAAAGUUCUUCAAGCUGCGGAAACGAAUACUAAACCGCGAAAACUAUUCAAUCGCUGAACUGAAUAAACGCAUAAGCCCACGACUAAAGCAAUUUUGUAAUUCAAACAAAGGGAAAACAAACUGAAAAUAUUAAUUACUAUUAAUGGCGAUGACUACUCAAAAGCAAACGACUUGAGCCAGUUGUAAAUAUUAAAACCGACAUUAAACAUAAAAUGCAUACACACCUAAAAUUCCAAACUCACGUAAAGACAAGAGAAUUAUAAUAUCCAUACACAAAUUACCAACAAAGAAUCCAUUUAAAUACGAAGUGUUCUAUUAUAUAGAAAACUAAACUCGCAAAUGAUAUAUAAAUUCUCGAUAAGCAACUGAAACACGCACAAGAUUGAUACAAAUUUUUAAUAAUAGUACAUUAAAACAUAAGGACAGUUCCACAACAGCUCAAUUGGCUGAUAAAUCUAAGUGGGAAUAAUUCGGAAAUUCCUUGAAAGUCUUCGAUUGACGGAAUUAAAAAUUACGAUUAACUCGAUACAUACAUACAUAAUCGAUUAUACAUAAAUAAUAAUCAUUAUUGAAUUAAAAAUAAAUUACAUCAACUUCAUUACUUAUCAACCAAAAAUUCCGGGAGACAAAUUUGAUAAAAAAGUUUAAAAAAUAUUAAUACGCAUACAACAAGUUUAAUACACGAACCAGUAAAAGGAAUAGUUCUACGAGUAAUUAUUCAACACAAUCAACGCUAUUCUUGAAUGCCAAUUGGAAAAAACUUUGAUUGCAUAACAAAUGGAGAAGGGAUAGUAGACGCCACUUUUGCAUUCACAAAUAAGGAAGAAGUCAAGUAAAUCAAUAGAAACCAAAUGCUACAAAGCACUGCCAUAUACAACUGCAAAGGAUUGCAUUAUGAGAACUAACAAUUGAGUAGCUCAACAUUUAUAGCAAAACAAUACGAAAUCUAGAAUAAUAUAGCAACUACUAUACAAAAUUGGAGCUAACGAACAAAUGAGGGAGAAAAGGCGAACAGGAGGAACAUCAACAGCAAAAUAAAGAAAUUAGUAAAAAUGGAUGCAGAAUGAAGGAAGCCCAAAAACGAGAAAGAAGAAGUUGUGGUCUAAACUCUUAUUGUAAGAAAACGCAUAAAACUAAUAGAAAAACGCUCUUUGGGUUGUAAAGAAAAUAAGAAGACAAAAGAAAGACAUGAAAACGUUGCAAACAAUAAAGCAUAUACUUGCCAUAUUGAUAUAAAAGGAAAUCGUGAAAAGGCGGUGAAAAUUUCAUAAGAUUAGCAGGUCUUAAGGCACACAGCAAAAGAGGGAACUCAACCCCCUUGCAGAACAAUGAAAGCCGCAGCAGCUGGAUAAGGCCGACUAAACCGAAAAUUAUAUUAUUGUAAUCUAGUAGAGAGCAGAGCAACAUAUCCGCUGGCAACAACCAACACCGAAAGAGACUAUGAAAAAUGCACAACUGAAACUGACUGAAGUUGACGAUGAUGAGCUGUGGCUGGCAGUAAGAUUAGCGCACUGCAGCAGCAGCAUCAGCAGCAGCACAAAAACCACCAGCAGCCCGUGCAACAGCAGCCACCAGCGGCACAACCAGCAACUCACAACACUGCAACCAAGGAGCUUAAGUACAAAACACCACAGCAACAUUGCGAGCGAGCAGCACAAUAGCCAGCAGGAGGAUGUAGCCACCCACAGGAGCAGCAAUGACCAGCAGCAACAGCAGCAGCAGCAGCAACAGCAGCAGCAGCUAGACAGCAGCAGCAACAUGUUGUCGCCAAAGACAGCCGCAGCAAGUACUGCCGGCGAUGAAGCAACAACCCAACAACCAACAAACAUAAGACUGUGUGCACGCAAGCGACAACGAUUGCGUCGCCGACGAAAAAGAAAACCAGCAACCCCAACCGAAGCAGAUAUCAAGAAACAACAGCCACUUAGCAUGCCUCCCUUCAAAACGCGCAAAUCCACGGACACCUACAGCUCACCAGCAGCCACCACUAGCUGUCCGACAGCCACCUACAUGCAAUGCCGCACCAGCGAGAACGAGUUCAGUAAUCCGAUAUCGAGUCAUGACCUCACCCCGGCCGCCUGGGUGUUGCAUGUGCUGCAGGUGCUGCUGGUGUCGCUGCAACAGUGGCAACUCCACGUGCAACAGCGAUCGGUGCUCCUGCUCAGAGGCAUUGCGGUGGCCACCAGCGCCUUCGUUUCCUAUUUAGGCAGCUUUGCGGCGCAACUGAGGAUCAGCAGCAGCAACAGCAGCAGUGGCAACAGCAGCAACAGCGGCAACGGCAGCAGCACGCAAAUUAUAAACGGACUUAAUAAGCACUCAUGGAUAUUUUUACUGAUAUAUUUGAAUUUAUCUGCUAAAGUUUGCCUAGCAGGAUAUCAUGAAAAGAGACUGUUACACGAUCUUUUGGAUCCUUAUAAUACACUAGAACGUCCCGUUCUCAAUGAAUCGGACCCGUUACAAUUAAGCUUUGGUUUAACUUUAAUGCAAAUUAUCGAUGUGGACGAGAAAAAUCAAUUGCUAGUCACUAAUGUGUGGUUGAAACUGGAGUGGAACGACAUGAAUCUCCGCUGGAACACCUCCGACUACGGCGGAGUCAAGGAUCUGCGAAUCCCGCCGCACCGCAUCUGGAAGCCAGACGUCCUCAUGUACAACAGUGCGGAUGAGGGAUUCGAUGGCACCUACCAGACGAACGUGGUGGUGCGGAACAACGGGUCGUGCCUGUACGUGCCGCCGGGGAUCUUCAAGUCGACGUGCAAGAUCGACAUCACGUGGUUUCCCUUCGACGACCAGCGGUGCGAGAUGAAGUUCGGCAGUUGGACCUACGACGGAUUCCAGCUGGAUUUACAAUUACAAGAUGAAACUGGCGGUGAUAUCAGCAGUUACGUGCUCAACGGCGAGUGGGAACUACUGGGUGUGCCCGGCAAACGUAACGAGAUCUAUUACAACUGCUGCCCGGAACCCUAUAUAGACAUCACCUUCGCCAUCAUCAUCCGCCGCCGAACACUGUACUACUUCUUCAACCUGAUCAUACCUUGUGUACUGAUUGCCUCCAUGGCCCUGCUCGGAUUCACCCUGCCGCCGGAUUCGGGUGAAAAAUUAUCACUGGGUGUUACCAUCCUGCUCUCGCUGACCGUGUUUCUCAAUAUGGUUGCCGAGACAAUGCCGGCUACUUCCGAUGCGGUGCCACUGCUGGGUACAUAUUUCAAUUGCAUAAUGUUUAUGGUAGCUUCAUCCGUUGUGUCAACGAUUUUAAUAUUAAAUUAUCAUCAUCGAAAUGCUGAUACGCACGAAAUGUCCGAAUGGAUACGCAUCGUGUUUUUGUGCUGGCUGCCAUGGAUACUGCGAAUGAGUCGCCCAGGACGCCCGCUGAUCCUGGAGUUCCCGACCACGCCCUGUUCGGACACCUCCUCCGAGCGGAAGCACCAGAUACUCUCCGACGUUGAGCUGAAAGAGCGCUCGUCGAAAUCGCUGCUGGCCAACGUACUAGACAUCGAUGAUGACUUCCGGCACAAUUGUCGCCCCAUGACGCCCGGCGGAACACUGCCACACAACCCGGCCUUCUACCGCACGGUCUAUGGACAAGGCGACGAUGGCAGCAUUGGGCCCAUUGGCAGCACCCGAAUGCCGGACGCGGUCACACAUCACACGUGCAUCAAAUCAUCAACUGAAUAUGAAUUAGGUUUAAUCUUAAAGGAAAUCCGCUUUAUAACUGAUCAGCUACGUAAAGAUGACGAGUGCAAUGACAUUGCCAAUGAUUGGAAAUUUGCAGCUAUGGUCGUUGACAGACUGUGCCUUAUCAUAUUCACAAUGUUCACAAUAUUAGCCACAAUAGCUGUACUACUAUCAGCACCACAUAUUAUUGUCUCGUAGCCAUAUGGGCGAGGUGGUUAUUGUUAUUGGUUUUAUUAUAAAAUCAAUUUGUUAAUUAUUAAAUUAAUAACGAAACUUUUUAAGUAAAUUAAACUAAAAAAGACACUAAAAAGCACAAAAAAAUAGGAAAAUACAUGAUAAAAACCAUCAACUAAAUAAUACAUCCAAAAAUCCAAAAAAAAAAAUUCACAAAAAAAAACAAUUAAAAAUCGUCUCUGAAAACACAAUAAUUUAAUUAUAAAAUUCUCGUUUAAAAGUCUUUCAUUAAAAUCAAACAGACACUAAACAAAUAAGAGACUAAACCAACAUCAUAUACUAAAACGUUAAAAAUUAACUAAUUCCAAUUUUCCUAAUUCUAUACAAAAAUCUAUAUAAUGGUAAACCAAGAAAUCCCCUCACUUCCCGCAAGCCCCCACAAGCCAGUAUCUAGAUUUCUUCCAUUGAAUAUAUAUAUAUACAUAUAUGUUUGACAAGCAAGCAAAACGGGUAUAUUUUCUUUUUAGAUUUUAUAUGUUAUAUUUUAUAGGAUAAGCGAGGCGUUUUCAUACAAAUAGUCACAUGGGUUUUCGAAACUUUUUUUUUGACAGACUUCAAUGGAAAGUGCAGCACUUCAAUGCAGAACAAAAGCCCCCAAACCUCCAAACCUUUAGGAAGACUUCGAUUUGUGAGCUUUAUAGUAGGAACUUUGGGAACUUUGCGACGCGUUUACCAGAUGAAAACCCAACGUAUUAGGAGUACAGAAUACAGAAUACAGACAGCUAAAUUUGUAUCUUCUUCUUCAGCACUGAAGUCAGUCCAGAGAUUUGUUCCGAGCAACUUUUUGCUACCAAUUAGUACCUAGGCCAAUUAGGUGAUUACGCCACUUUCCCCCCUCUAAGCGAAACUGCAUUUCCGAAACAGAACCAAUUAACCCUACAUAUCCAGUACUGUGUAUCUAGUGCCCUCUCCCCUCUCCUCUUCUUACCAGUCUUAUUUUAAACUCAAUGUCUAAACCAAUUGAUAAAUCGUAAACCAAACCGAAUCAAAGCAAACCCCUAAGAGUAAAACCCAAACAUUCCCCGUAAACCUUACCAAAACCAAUAGAAUAACCAAUCUGAAUUGGAAUUAAGAAAAUUUACUGGAAUAUAAAAGAGAAAAUGAAAAAUGAAACACGAAAAAGAAAAAUCAAAAAGAUGCGAGUGAAAUGGGCGAGUGAAUAUGAGUAAUUGACGAGCGGCACAGCAGGUGAAUUUGAGCCCAGAAAGGCGCUCAGCAUGUGAAAUGCAUCCGAUGGAUUGCAUUUCAUGUUGACUGGCGCUGCCGAGGAAAUGAAUUUAUAAAUUAAAUGGUUGCGAGCAAUAAUAUCUGCGUGUUGAUGAAUUGCAUGAUUUUUGGUGAUGCAAACGAUGAUCGAUCGAACUAUUGCGCGAGGUCCACGACGAGGGCAAGAGUUCGCUCCUUCAGCGCAUUGAGAACAGCAAACAGUCGUAACUUUCGGUAUUGAUCUCACACAUUCUUUAUUUUGUUAUCAUUUGAACUUUAAUUCUUCGGCUUAAAGUACUUAAAUACUCAACGGGUACAAAACCAGAAAGCAAUUCAACACAGAACACUGAAAGUGAGCAGUGAAGAGGCCACAUAGUUUGAUUGCAAAUGAAAGGCAAGGCAGACCAAGAAGUAGAGCAUUCGAGAUAUAGCAAUAUACCAAAAUACCAAUAACAAUGAACCCAACAGACGCCAGAACACGUAACAUGCCGGUGCAUGGGUAAUUAUGUGCUUGCUUUAGUGUCGAGCGCACCGAAAACAUACUGAUCACAGACCACAACAACCAAAACAUAUAAACCAAGGAGCUUUAUACAGAUAUAUGUAUAUAUACGAUGGAGUUUAGCGUGGGCCAGUCUGACCCGACUUUUCAUAUAUUUGUACCACAAAACACAACAAAACACAAAACACAACACACACAGGACACACACUCGGUUGUUCGAUGGCCAGUUUAUGGCAAUUUGUAUGUUUCUGUCCGCCAACUAGCCAAGCACACAAUUUCAAGAUGACCAGACAAGGAAUACAAGAAACAAAAAUCUUAAAAAUUACCAAGGUCCGGGUGAUCGGUUGGGAAAUGCGAAGGAUUAGCCGGGGAAAGUCCAAGCAGGACGAUCCCUGGGCAUUCUGCGUAUUUCCCGAAGGAGAGGAUCCCAUGGCCGAGAAUAGAAGAAAAAGCAAAGCUGCGUUGGUCGAAAUUUCACACAGACUUUUCUUUCCACACAUGAGCAAAGAAAAAAGUUCGAAAUGGAAUAGCUUUUUAAUUUUUAAGUUACAGUUAUUCUGCUUCUAAUUGUAAAUCUUGUGCAAUGUAAACAAUCAGAAUUUUUCUUUGAAUAUAAACAAUACGAACACACCGAAACCAAAAGCAAAAGCAAAAGCAAACAAACGCGUAAGGGUCACAGUAAAGACAUAAAGUCACGAAACAAAAACAUAUAAGAUUUCAAAAUCAAUAAUGGAAAUAUGAUUAGCAACUAAACGAUGUCAUUCAACUUAGACUAGGCUACACAGAAAACCAUAAAUUGUUAAGACUCUAUCCAAAGAGCUGAGAAAGGCGAACUCAACAAACAUACUAGAAAUAGAUUUACAAGCAACAAUAAGUGUAAUUCGAGUAACGAACAGAACGAAGAAAUAGUUAAGCAAAUAUGAAUAUUGAGGAAAUUCGUUUUUAUGUGAUUCGGUUAAAGGAGAUUUUCAACAUCACUUUGUAUGCGGAUUUUGUAUGCCCAACUAUACAGAUUUCUGAUCCACUCUUUUUCGCUUGUAUUAUUUUACUAACGAUUGAACCACAUUUACAGAUAAGGUUUAGCUUUUGAUAAAAGAUUGCAAAUGUAAAAUAAUAUGAGAACUUGGAAGUUGGUAUAUUUUGAUGAAAGGUGAAAUUAUUUGUACAUUUUGUUGUAUACCCACCCACAGGAAUAGCUUGAAAACCAAUGGAUGGGAAAUUUGAUGGUUGAAAUUUGUGGGGACUUUUCUUCAUGUUUUUGAUAACAAGUAUUUGGUUUUGUAUGCUUUUCCAAUGCGAUUGUCAGUGAGAACGAUUAACGAUAGAUUUCAAUCCUAACGCUUAAGAAUAUUAAAGAAAUAAUAAUAGAAAACAUAGCAAACAAGCUGCCAGCAUGAAAAAUAAAAACAAUAACUAAUUUUAAAUCUUUUAUACAUUUCCAUCAAAUGUGCUUAUUUAAACACAAGAAGAGAAAGCAACCCGGAAACCGGAAACCGGAAACCGAAAACCAGAAAUGCCCAACUGAAAUAUCUGAUGGCCGUUUUCAAAUAGCAAUCAAUAACUGGAUUAUGUUCAACAUCCAAUUAGCUGAAGUUGAACGAAAGUUUUCAUAUAAGCAAUUUUUAAAGAAAAACGUCACCCCAGUAAAUAAAUACAUAGAAAUAGUAAGGCUAUCCGGCUAUCGAGGCCAUAGAAUGGAGCAGGAUGAUGGAGAUUAUAACUAAUAAAGUUCUAGUGCAUAAAGAGGACAGUUUGGAAAAUAGUUCUUCAUCAACCAUUAAUACACAGUUCAUACAUAUAUGUGUAUAUUUACAUGGAUAUAUAUGUGCAUACGUAUAUACUUCUUUUUACACAGACAAACAAGUAUAUAUAUAAAU